AUGACAGACAUCAAAAAGAAGCCAAAAUCGGCCCCGGAACGAUGGGUCUCGAUUUACCCAGCAUAUAUCAACUCAAAAAGAACGCUGAAGGAGGGUAGACGGAUUCCGGCUAGUGAGGCAGUUGAGGAGCCGACGGUCAAGGAGAUUUUCGACAUCCUUCAGACCAGCAACUAUGCACCGGUUGCCGAGCGCAAGAUGUACCCCAGGGAUCAGACAUUGGAUUGGGUCAAACAAGGCAGAGUGCGCGUCCAGCUUUAUAAUGAUGAUGGUUCGCUGAAGUUCCCGGAUCUUGCCUCAAAACGAGCCCUCUAUGCCCAUGUUGCCGCAAUGAUCCCCAAACUGAAGUCACGUCAACCCGGCUUCGUAGCUUCCACCGAACAAGCCGCUGGAAGCAGCGGAAAGAAGAACAAGAAAAAGAAG